GUAUGUAUAGUACGUCGUUGCCCGUUGUGUCUGUGCCGGCCGGCUGACAUACCGCCAAAUUUUAUACGCAUCGAACGCGACUCGAUCGCGUGUGCCGCGAGUGUUCGUGUAAUAAUAAAUAAAGCUUCUCGUCCGCGAGACAAUUGCAAUUGUAAACAAGCGCGACUCUGGUCGUCGAUCGCGCCUGCAAUUCAACGACCCAGUUUCAUUCGGAUGAAAAAAGCAGGCCUGCUGCUGCAUCUGGAAGCGAGAGAUCGUGCGCUGCGUUGAAUCUCGCAGUUGAUCAAAUUUACGUACGGAGUGGGCAUCGUUUAGUACAAUCUCAGUCUCGAGUCCAAGAUGCCGCGCACGAAGCAGCGAAAAGUCAAACGCCAGAGUGCGGGCACCGAGCAGAUCAUGCGCGACUUCAAUAGAUUGGUGCAGCUGCAGAUCCAGAAGGAGGAGAUCGAGGCCAAGACGAGGAUAAAAAAUUUCGUCUCCAAGGUGGCAGUCACCCUCAAUCGUUGGCCCACGGAAAUUCAAAAUUUGACUCUUCGCGAAUUGCUGAGAGUCGAUAAAACCCCGGAGAAGGAAAAUCUGCCCUCCAAAACGCCAAGGAUACCUCCUAGUAAUACGAAAAAAAGUAUGGUGGCCAAUAAAACGAGCAAGAGCAUUGCCAGUAGUGCCAGCAACGCAAGCAGCAAGACGAGCGCUGCUGGUAAACGAGUUACUGCUACCUCGGAUGAUGGCUAUCAAAGCGAAUCAAUGACAAGUCAAGCAUCAAAGCUUAUGAACAAUAUGACUCGUACUACUGCACGAACAAGGAGCUCAUCUCAAGACAAAGCCGCAAGAUCGAGAAGCAUAUCACAGGAUAGAAAGUCUAAGCGCAAUCCCAGUAUGAUGAUGAAGGAUGGACAGAAUCAGGCAGAAGUUCAAGGAAGUGCUGUGAAAAAAACAAGAAAAGAAUUGAUGAAGACGCCACAGAGCAAACCGAUGAACAAUUUUGUUAUUACUCCAAAAAUUAGGCUCAACUCUGCUAUCAAUGUACUGAGAAAACCAAAGGAUGGAGAAAUGGUUUUCAGUACCCAAGGGAGUCCACUUCUUGUUUCUACGACUGUCAAUGACAGAACAGCCAAUAUUAAUGUACCAUUGAGAAAUGGAAAUAUUAUUUCAUUGUUACCCUUUAAUGAAACAUCCUUAACUGAUAAUCUGCACCUGGAUGAUGAAACAAAACAUCAAUUGAAGAUUCUUCAAAGUCAUCUUUCUAAAGUUUUAGAUUAGUUCUUGAGUUAAUGAUAUCGUAUCUAAGUGGUGAAAAUAUUUUGUGUGAGCAAAGCUUAGUUUGAUUACAUCGAGUUAAUUAGUCUAAUGAAUGUGUGAUUCAGCCAAACAAAACUAGUGUUUGCUCAGGUAUGAAUCAAUUGUGAGUGUGCUUUUUUUACUUGAAUCGACUGACAAGUUGUAAGAGCUUAUUUUUAUACUUUUGUAUAAUCGCAGUAUGCCUUGUAGUUAAUAAAGAUUUUUUUUUGUAAUUUAUAGUUUACAUAAUAUAUUCGUUCAAAUAAAUAUGCUUCAGCAUGAUUGAAUAGUGGACAUUUGGUUUAUAAAAAUAUAAACUUUUUAUAAUAAUGCAACCAUUAAAAAAAAAAAUUAAAUACACAUAA